AUGAGUUUCUUUCCGUUGGACGACAUACGAUGUGGUCCCAUAAGAUCGAGGAAACAUCCUCAGGACGUGAUCGGUACCGCGAACACCCCUUGGGGAUAUCGGGUGAAAGAGAGGACGAAGUGCAGCCUCGUUAAACUACCGCCAUCGUUCGAGCACUACGAUGAGGAGAAAAGGAGAGAGAUCGAACAGUUGGAAAAGAUCCUGGACUUUGUCGAACAUACGAAUAGGAGGAUCAAGAAGAAGAAGAUCAAGCAACGCGUUCAACAAGGACUAGCGGAGUACGAGGACACGGUAAACACGCGACGGGAAAAACUACGCGAAAUACUGCUGAAAGAGGAAAUGGGUCUCAUUCACGAGGUGAUAUACCAAGCUCAGCACGGCGACGAUGCAAGGAUGGACGAGAUUCGUCGCCGAACCGAAGAAAUACGGAAAGAACAGGAGGAACAGCGUUUAGCCUUGGUGGCUGCCAAGAGGAUGCAACAGUAUUUACUUCAGUGUGUCGAAGUCCGCGAAAAGCUGUCGAAGAAGUCGACGAUCGAAGCGAAACAGAGUAAUUUGGCUCAAAUGGCGGAUAACGAAGCUAAGAGACAAGCCGAGAAGGAAUUGGAAGGAAUGUGGCACCAGUUGAUGUUGAAAGAAGUCGAAGCGAAGAAGGAGAGGGAAGUGGAGGAAGCUAAAAGACGCAUCCUCGUCCAAGAGAGCGAUAUGUCCAUUCUGGCGAAUCAAGUAGCGGGAAAACUGGCUCUCGAGGAGCAGAAGAAGCAGGUAACGCAGGAGGACGCGGAACAUUUGAAGCGUCUAUUGGAAGAAUUUCAUCAGGAGGAGCUUCGAAAGUUCGAGAUAGAACGGGAGAACAGGGAGAAGCUGAAGAAGGAAUUGCAGGAACAGAUUUUGAUCGCGAAGCGAAAGUUGGCCGAAGAGUCUCGCCACGAGGCGGAGAUGGACCGAAUGAGGGAAAUGAUCGCCGCGGAGGAAUUGGCGAAGGAGCAAGCAAGCAUCAAAGAAUCCAGCGCCGCUCUUCGUAAAGAACUUCUAGCUUUCAUCGAAUAUCUGGAGGAGUUGAGGAAAGAGGAAGCCAAGAGAGAAGUGGAAAUGGAUCGAAUAAUAGAAGAGUCGCUGAAGUGCGUUUCGUACAGGCGCGAUCAGGCGGUGAGGAAGUUCAAGCAAGCCAGGGAGAAGAUCAUGCGAGACGUUCUCGAAGGUCGCGAAGAACAGAUGAAACUGAAAGGCGAAAGAGAAGAGGAGGAGCAGAGGCAACGUCGACUAGAGAAAGAAAUGCUGGAAGCGGAGAUCGAGUCGGAGGCGAAGCUGGCCGCUCACGCGAAGGAGGAACGGAAGAAUAAGAUGUUGCGUUACAGGAAGGAGUUGGAGGACCAGUGGAAGUGGACCGAGGAUAAGCGUCGCCAGGAACUUGAAACGGACAAAAAGAUGUAUCUGGAGGAAUUGAAGCGUCAGGAAGAAUACCAGAAACUGACGGACGAGUUGUUGAACGCCUCCGAGAACAUCACUCCGCAUCCUUUCAAGAUUUUAUUGAGAGAAUGCGCGGCUCGUUACGCCGCCGAAAAAGAGGGCCGGUGUUAUUGUCCGCCACCUUUAGUCGAGGAUUAGCCGUGGUUAGUGGCAGAUUUUACUAUUUAUACGGUGAAAUUGUAUUAUUUGUAAAAUAAUGGAAUCGUUACCGGAG